GCGGGAGAGGGCCGAGGACUCGCAGGCAGAGGCCGAGAAGGAGGCAGGUUGAAUAUCGGAUUUUCCACUGCCACAAGGACAGAAUAUGUCUUUGAAGAUGGAGAUGGAUGUGAGUGGAGUGUCUAGGGCACAUGUGGGACCAUCAACUGAAGGUAAAGCCACAUUAAAGCCAGAGGCAGAGAGGCCUCGCUGUGCCAGCACCCCUUGCUCACCCAUCAGAGGGACCGUAGCAGGCUACCAGAUCCUCCACAUGGACUCCAACUAUCUGGUGGGCUUCACCACGGGUGAGGAGCUGCUCAAACUGGCCCACACAUGGUCUGACAGCCCCCCAGAUAAGGGCUCUGUGUUAGAGGCUUUGCCAAGCCCUCUCCCAAGCACUGUCCCCAAAUCACUAAACCUGGGCGUAAACCACUCCUCCCGAAUCUUUAAAGCCAAAAAUCGCUACUACCAGCCAUAUGACAUUCCUGCUGCCAGUGGGAGGAGGCGGCGCCGCAUGCCCAGCUCUAGUGAAACUCUGCUCAAAUCUCUGGGUCCUGGGGACACAGUCAGGACCCUCCACACACCACUGCCCCUCUGUUUGCUCAAGGGCAAAAGGGCCCAAUCCAAGUCACUGGACUACCUGAAUCUGGACAAGAUGACUAUCAAAGAGUCCACAGACACUGAGGUCCUCCAGUACCAGCUACAGCACCUCACACUGCGAGGAGAGCGAGUGUUUUCAAGAAACAAGACAUGAAAACAGCACUUUGCCUUUAGACGUCUCCUGACCAUCCCGGGGAUUUGGGUGCUAUUCUCAGCUCUGUUUUCUCACCUGAGGUUAUUAGCAGUUCAGUCUGAUAAUCCCGUUAGAUCAUUGGGGUAUACCUCGUAACAUAGGUUUGUGAAUUCUUAAAAUAUUCCUUACACUCUACCAAGGUUGUUGGGGUUAAAAUGUGAAAAUAGCAAUAACUGGUAACUUAUUUAAGAAACUAUAGUGUGUGCGUGUACAUAUUGGAGACGCAUUGAUGUGUCAGCAUCAGCUGAUAGAAGCACAUAUCACCGACUGUCAGCUUUAAAUGCAACAUGAGAGUUUUACUGCCAUCUGCGAGCUGUGCUACUGAAUGGAUGUGAAUCCUUCUGUGACCUGUAUUCAGACACCACACACCUUAUGGUUUAUCAUUUUAAAUUCCUGUCAGUCAUCAGUUUGUUUUAAAUAUUAUCAAACAUAACACUUUUAACCAUUUCAUCUGAGAAGUGUUGGCCAAGUCUGCAUAACACUCAGUAAAUAUAUCACUGUUGGUUGCCUAAAUAAAAACAUUUUCUUCUUUACUGUUUUGUGGCCUUUGUGCCUUGAACCAGUUGGAGGCCACAUGCAAUGCCAUAUUAAUUUCUAAACAUACAUAUUUUUUCCCUUUUUGCUGUGAAAAGUCCCCAAAUGUAGGUGCACUUAAUACUUUGUGUAGUCACAAAUCCACUAACAUUAAUCUUUGAUUUAUUCUUAAACCUUAAUGUGAUAAACUAACUGAUGCUGCCUGCAGCACUUACUGCUGUAACUGGGUGUCACAGUGAUCAUUUAGUGCGCAUUUUAAAGCUGCAGUUUGGUUUGGUCUUGGGUGUGGCCUCAGUGCCUCUACUGUAGAUGUACUUAAUACUUUCCUCACAUAUUUCUACUGCUACUGCAGUGUAUCUCUGGGCAUCUUCAUUUCGUUACCACUUUCAGUUAAAAUUCUCCAGUACAAUUUUGUCAAAUAAUUAAGCAACCAAUUUUCUGUUAUUUGUUAUAUAAAUGUUUCUGUUUCAUUUUACUAAAGAAAAGCAAUAGAAAUGAUUAUUCAUAUUGAGCCCCAGUGUGUUAAAUGCUUUGGUGAUUGUUUUAUUUUAAAUUUAUCCUUAUUAUUUUUAAAGUCCGACAAUCAGAGUAAAGCUGCUAAUGCAGUCUGUAGAAUUAUGACCUAAUUAUCACUAUGAAGGAAUUGCUGUCAAUGACUUGUCAUUGGUCUUCAGGAUACCUCUUAGUCUUAAAUGAUGACUUUUUGAAUUAUUUCUUUUCAAAACUACAUUACAUUGUGUUUUUGUACCUCAGUUAAACCCAAACCAGUUUCUGCUGUAAAUGCUCCUUUUACAGUUUGUGCAUUGUCCAGUUUUUGUCACAUCCGUCCCCAUCACAUUUACAAUGUUUGAGCUACCUGCUGGGAACUCAACAGUGACUAGUGUUACUGUUACAGGACUGGGAAUGUUCUUUGUUUUCUGAACUAUAUCCUGUUUUUGUCAUUUGGAAUUAGAAUGUGCUGUUGAUAUUGGUCCAAAAUAAAGGCCUUACUCAACACUU